GAUACGUAAUAAGUAUUUUAUUUGGUAACGCUUACUUUUACUUGAGCAGGUAUUUAUAAGUAGAUAUAGUUUUAUUUUAAUAAUUUAACCCCAUUUUAACGCUUAUUGAUGAUCUGGAAAUUUUGUUGUUUCUCAGCUAGCUUUCAGUUUAAAUGACAUUAUCCUCGCAAUCGUAUGGGUGUUGCUUCGAAAAGAGCUUUUUGUUUUGGUGUGAUGAACUCAAUAUCACUGUGAAAGAUUCUUUUUUCUACCUGGUGGUUGACAUUUUGAAAAGAUCAACAGUCCUGGAAGAUGCAUUGUCAGCUGUUUUUUCUUUUAAUUUUUCUUCAGGUUUUGGUAGUUCCUUUAGUAGAUACAGUUCCUUUAAGGAAAGGAUCCCAGGCUCGUUUUGACUCCCUUCAAUCCGAUUUCACGGCACUUCUACCUGGUGUGGUAGCAGGAGCUCUUUUGGUGUGUUUCGUUAUACUUGUAGCUGGUUGUUUGUGCUGUCCCUAUCACAGUUUAAAGAACUUGGGACAGAGCAACGGGAUAGCUUUAUCCCAGAAAACUUACUAUAAUCUUCCAAGAUCAUCAUUUGAAUCAGAUCCGAUCCAUAGUCAACUAAACAGGCAGUUUUAUGAAGCUGAAGUUCAGUUUGAUCGACUACCAGAAAUUCAUUCCAGGAAACAAAGCGAUCUGCCAGUUGACAGAGUACCCCAUCCAGCCUAUUUUGGUCAAGUUCUAUCAAAGCAGUUUGUCCUGCAAGAAUGGCUUGAUAAUAAUUUCAACCGCCACCACAUCCAUUAUUUGAAGGAGAUUGGCAAUGGUUGGUUUGGAAAAGUGGUUGAAGGUGAGGUUCAGCAAAGUGAUGAGGACCAACCUCAAUCUCGGGUAGCCAUUAAAAUACUGCACGAGGAUGCUUCACCCUCACAACAUAAUUAUUUUCUGAAUGAAUUAGAAUUUUUGAGAAAACUUCAUCAUCCUAACAUUUUACGAGUGAUUGGACAGUGCCUUGAAGAAGAUCCUUUCUUGAUUCUUCUGGAAUUAGUUUCGGUGGAUUUGAAGAAAUUCUUGAUCGAUAGUCAAUCGAAGCGUGAGUUUUUAGUGGAAAGUGGAUCGCUUCUUCGUAUGGCUGUUAAUGUGGCUUCUGGAUUAUGGCACAUUCAUGAGCAAGGAUUUAUCCACAUGUAA